AGCAUGGAGGGAUCCGGAACCUAACAAUUAUGAUGGGAAUGAAGAUUGUGCCACUCUAUCUUCUGAUUCAGACAUGGGAUGGCUUGAUAUUCCUUGUGAUCUCGACCGACCCUUCAUAUGUGAACGAUAUCAGGACGUUCCAGAAUAUAAGUGGACUCGCCUUGAUGGAACCCUGUACUAUAUCUCUCAAUCCUCGAUGACGUCAUACUCGUUUGCUAGAAAGUACUGCCAGGCCCAAGGAGGGGAUCUUGCCCAGCCUAAAACAGACAAAAUCAAUAUGCAUCUCAUUGAGCUGGCUGGAGGUAACUCGUAUUGGUUUGGACUGGAUGAUAUCAAUCAAGAGGGCAUGUUUCAGUGGAUUGAUGGCACUCCACUCGAUAAUAAUGGCUCGAGUCAAGCCGCUGACAUAUUUAUUUUAAUACUGUGA